AAGACUCGUGCAGGCGAACGAUUGCUACUUUUGGCUGCUAGCUGUUCGAUCUGAACGAUCAAAUGUCGAGAAGACAAUUCGUGUCUGAAGUGUCAUAACAAGCCAGAAGCCAGUUUGUUUGCACCUUGCAUUUGGUGUUGAGGACCUCUUUUGGUUGAAUUUAUAUCUCAUCUAUCGGGAGAUUUUCAUGUUGGAUUUCUUUGCUCGAAUGUAAUACACUGCGAAUGAAACAGUCAUCAACGCUGUAAUAUUCUUUAGUCUCAGGACAUUUUGGAAGGCGCUUUUAUAAUAGAUGUUUGAGAAGGAAUAACUAAUGAAGUGCUGAACUGUGUAUAAAAACGUGCUGAAUUGGUCCGCACUGCAGUGAUUUCUGUUUGUAUUCAGCACUCAACACAGCGUACCGUCCAUUCGAGUCACCUAAAUCGAUGUUAUGAUAUUCAUUUCCCUCUAAGCCGUGAAGAUGAUUAUUGAUACACUCGAAAUUUCAUGGCACGACAGGAAGCCAGUUAUGAGUGUGGAUUUCCAGGUUUUCUCAGAAUGGACACGUCUGGCAACUGGAGGUGCCGAUAAUGAGAUUCGAAUUUGGAAAACCAGUGUCUCUGAGCAAGGUCGCUCUCAAGUAGAGUUUUUGGCGUCAUUAGCUCGCCAUAGUGGAGCUGUGAAUGUUGUUCGAUUUUCUCCUUGUGGUGAAUUUUUGGCGUCUGCUGGUGACGAUGCCAGUAUUAUUCUGUGGAAACUUGGAGAAGGCCGCUCCCCUACUUUUGGCGCUCAACAGGAGGACGAGCAAAAGGAACAUUGGGUACAUCACAAGAUGAUGAGAAGAGGUCACCGCGAGGAUGUUUAUGAUCUAAGCUGGGCACGCGACUCAGCGACGCUAUUAUCUGCUUCCAUUGACAAUACUGCAAUUCUUUGGGAUGUUAGCAAAGGCGAACCACUCAAGUGUUUCUCGGAUGCCCAGCACUAUGUACAAGGUGUCAGUGUUGACCCUCUGGGAGAUUUCCUGGUGACAAUGUCCAGUGACAGAUGCUUGCGGAUCUUUGGUGCAAAGAGCUACAAAAGAAUGUUUGAAGUUUCCAAGCAGCCACAGCCUAUUACUUCUGCACCGGCCUCUCCUUCGGCACCGGCAAGCAAGCCUCCAAAGUUAUUUUCUGAAGGCACAAACACGUUUUUUCGACGUCUUGCCUUUUCGCCUGAUGGUGCUCUCCUGGUAGUACCUUGUGGACGCUAUGAAGGUGGCAACACCACAUUUAUAUUUGCUCGGAACAAUCUAUCCAGGCCGGCUGCUCAUCUGCCCGGUCCUCAAAAAUCUACAAUAGCGGUUUCAUUCUGCCCUAACCUUCUGCAACUGAGACCACAGAAAAGACCAGCAAGUGAGGACAACCAAUUGCAAGCCAUAAGUUUGCCGUACCGAAUGGUGUUUGCUGUUGCAUCAUUGGAGAGUGUUGUGCUGUAUGACACACAAGAACUCACUGCCAUCGCUGCGUUUUCAUCAAUGCACUACGCUCCGCUCACUGACAUUUCAUGGUCAGCAUGUGGCUUGUUCUUAGCAAUGUCAUCAACAGAUGGAUACUGCUCGGUCAUAAGGUUUGAACAGGGCGAGCUUGGUGAACCGUAUAGUGAGCCACCAGAGCAGUCUGUCUCGUGAUCCAGUCAGUAUGAUCAAAGUCCACCAGAGCAGUCUGUCUCAUGAUCUGAUCAAGUCCACCAGAGCAGUCUGUCUGAUGAUCUGAUCAAGUCCACCAGAGCAGUCUGUCUCAUGAUCUGAUCAAGUCCACCAGAGCAGUCUGUCUGAUGAUCUGAUCAAGUCCACCAGAGCAGUCUGUCUCAUGAUCCAGUAUGGUCAAAUCCACCAAGUUGCUUCGUGCAACGUUUUGCAACAUUCAUGUACAUAGUACAUAGUAUAUUAUAUAGUAGCAGACCCCUAACCCUAAACGGUUGCAUAUUAUUACUGCAUGUGGUGAUGUAUAAAGAUGCCAGCCAUAUUCUCCAGCUAAAUGCACCCAACGGUUGCACAUUCAGUGUAUUCACUGUACAUGUAAUUCAUCUAUCUUCUAUCUAGAAACAAAUCCAGUUGCAGAUACAGCAUGUUCAGAAACAUGAGACUAAGUCCUACUACUACUGCGUUUAGUGAUGUCAAUACAAUCAGACUAUUUUCAUUGCUUCCUUCAGUCUCCUGCUGAUGCUGGGUGAUUCUUGCUUUUUCCUCUUUAUCCUGUGCAAGGUUCUACCUCUGUUUAUUACCCUUGCUUUGCAUAGUAGCCGUCGAACGGAUUGCCUAGAAUUCGUCACAAACCCUCCGUGUUGGCAGCGCGCAAUUCCAUGAGAGUUUCGUGUGUUUUUUACAAGUGCCUUUUUAAAGCAUUUUUUAAACCUUGCCAUGGAUGGAGUCAUGUUCUUUGCAGCUUUUGUUAGUUUACCAUGAUUACCGGGUGAGACCAGAUAACAGCAAGACAGUGA